CGCCUACGCGCUGUCAAGACGGGCGUCGCUGCUGCGUGGGCCAGGCUCGACGGCGCGCGCGCGGGCGGCGGCGGCGGCGCAAGGGGGGACGAUGGGCCGGUGAGCGCGACGGGCGGGGCGGCGAGCGCGAGGGAGAGGGCGCACGAGGGCGGCGCAGAGGGGCUCGACGCGCUGCUCGAGGGCCUGAGCCUCGGCGGCGGCGCCCAGAGCGCCCUCCCUCGCGCGACCGCGACCGCGACCGCGCUCGAGGUCGUCGGCGGGCCGUUCGACAUUCUGAGCACGACGGCGACGAUGCGGGUCGACGACGCUGCGCUGCGGGUCGUGCACCCGGUGCCGAACCGGGCGCCGGGCGACGACGGCGCCGACGGCAACGACGGGUGGUCGACCGCCUCGUCGACACCUCCCGCUCCACCUCGUCCUCCUCCCGGCGACCCGUCCACCUCCGCCUCUCCCUCGUCCUCCCGCCCACCCUCGUCCGCCCCGCUCCCCUGGCCCGCCCAGCUCCAGCACCUGUGCCGCACCUCGCCCACCUCGCUCCUCGUCCCACCCCUCUUCUCCGAGAUCCCGCCCCACCUCCCGCAGGGCGACCUGUACCUGUGUCCGGGCAGCGAGGGCGCCAUCUUUGGCGCACUGGGCGCCGCGUGCGAGGGGGUCGAUCGGGUCGUCGAAGGGGCGGCCGGCGAGGGGAGGAGGGGGUUUGUGGCCGUGAGGCCGCCGGGGCAUCACUGCGGCGAGUCGAACCCGCAAGGGUUCUGCUUCGUCAACAACGUGGCCGUCGCGGCCGCUCACGCCCACAUCAAGCACGGCAUCAACCGCGUCAUCAUCCUCGACAUCGACCUUCACCACGGCAACGGCACGCAGGAGAUCGUCUGGCGCCUCAACGCCGACGCGCAGCGCGUCGUCUCCGAGCACGACGAGCGCGCGCUCGCUGCCGCUGCUGCCGCUGCUGCGAGCGCCGCGAGGGCGUCGCCGAGGAAGGGGCCGCUCCAGGUCAUGUACGGGUCCGUGCACGACAUCUGGUCGUACCCCUGCGAGGACGGCGACCCCACCCUCGUCGCCGCCGCGUCCCUCUCGCUCUCGGGCGCGCACCACCAGCACAUCUCGAACGUGCACCUGGACGCCUUUUCCUCGGAGCAGCAGUUCCACGACGAGCUGUACCCGCGGUACUGGGACGCGUUGGGCGGCAGGGCGGACGAGUUUUGCGAGAGGACGGGCGCAGCUGGGGACGAGACUUUGGUGAUCGUUUCGGCGGGCUUCGACGCCUCGCAGCACGAGUCGGCCGGCAUGUCGCGCCACGGGCGCAACGUCCCGACGUCCUUCUACCGCCGGUUCGCGCGCGACGCCGCGCUCCUCGCCGAGCGGCGCGCGGGCGGCAAGGUCCUCGGCGUCCUCGAGGGCGGGUACUCGGACUGGGCGCUCGCGAGCGGCGUCGGCGCCUUCUUGUGCGGCUUGGUCGGCGGCGAGGAGGGCGGCGAGGGAGAGGGAGACGCGGGCGGGAGCGAGCGCGACGCGUGGUGGGCCGAGGGGAACCUCAAGAAGCUCGACAAGGCGUGCUCGGUCGCCAAGCCCCGUCGAGGCGCACCGUCCUCCUCAUCGUCGUCGUUCGCCGCCAAGCACACCCUCGUCGGCGCCUCGCCCGCCGACGCCCUGUCGGACCCCUGGCUCGCCCAAGCCGUCGACAUCUUCACCCGCAUCGACGAGCACACGACGCUCGCGCCUCCCGCUCCUCGCCCCUCCUCGACCUCGGCGCCGGCACCGCCCCGCCAGCUCCGCGAGCGCAAGGUGCGCCGCAACUACGCCGGCCUCGACGACGGCUCGACGCCCAUCCCCUCGCCCGAGCGCGAGCGCGAGCGCGUACCGGCGCCGGCGAGGCGUGGUGCGCCCUCCUCGGCGGCGGCAAUGGCCGCGGCGCUCGCGCCGCCCGUGCCGUUCGUGCCGAGCGUGCAGGCGACGACGAUGGCGGCUGCGGCGCCUCAGGUCGAGGGCGAGGGUGUCGGCGACGACGGGCAGGGCGCGACGGGGCAGGGCAGGCCGGCCGUGCGGUUCACGUGGAGGCAGGGCGGGUUUGGCGGCGAGCCUCGAGCGUAG